AUGACUAUAGCACCAAAAGGUAGUGUAUCAAACCAAGAAAGAGAAAGGGUGCAGCUCUUAAUGGAAAAGUCAAUUCAGAAAGGUCGUGAAAAACUUUGUAGUUUAACAAAUGAUGAAUUAGUUGGUACUGUUUGUUUGGUUGAUUGUGAAAAGAAGUCCGAAUUCGGUGGUUUUCUUUACAGUAUUCAAAGCAGCAUUUUCAAAGCUGCUACGUUUGAUCCUAGAACAUCAUUUGAUUUUAAAAAGGAUGAAGUAUUCGAUAUAAUUGAACCUAAAAACGUUGGGUAUAAAAGAAUUACUCUGAAAUUGAAGGUAAAAGAUUAUCCAACUCUGAAGAAUAAACAAGACGUUGAAGAUAUAAGGUCAUUUCUCAAGUCGAGUGAUUCAAUAGUUGAAAUUUAUAUCAAAGAACAACUCGAUAUUUCCCAAGUGUUGGAUUACUUGAAUAAAUUUGGUGCACCAGAAUCUGAUGCUCAAAUUGGUGAAGAAAUAGCAAAGGUCAAUAGACAGAGACUCCCAUUGUUUUUCCUAAGAUAUGAAUGGCUUCGAUCGAUCUGGUUCUCUUUGGAAAACCCAAUAACAUUAUUAAAGUUUUAUUCCAACUCAUUAAAAGAUGUGAAAAUUGAUCACUUUAGGUUAUGUUUUAAAGCUGUUCAAAAGCAACAAUCAAAGUUUAUUAAUUAUAUUGGAUCAGAAAACCCUGACCACAAUUCUAUUUACUUUUUCACGCCUGAUAAAACCAAUGAUGCAGAUGACAAAAAUAAUGAGAAUAGAGAACAAGAUAAAUUAUCAGCAGCUGAAAUAAUCGAGAAUAAUGACUUCAUCUUCCAAAACACUAAUCUGGAAUAUCCAAGAAUGUUUGCAAGCACUCGUGAUAUUUACUCUGUUUAUGAUCUAAGCUGCUCAAAUAACUCAUUACCAACUAAAGACCCUAAUGAUCAAGUGCCUAAUCGGACCUAA